AUGCCUGCCGCGGCCCAGAGACCGGCCAAUGCGGCUGGUCUGACCAAUAUUCUCAACCAAGAUGAGCCACCUGCCCAAAGUGCGCCGCCUCCUCAGCUGCGUGACUCUGGCUUUUACUCAACCGCCGAGGCGUCCAGCAAGCACAACUCUGGUGCUUCCUUCAAUGCUGCUGGUCUCAGCCCUGCCGCAUCUGGUUAUCAAUCUUCUACCGCCGACAAGACGCCCUCGCCAAUCGCCGCAAACACCCUCCCUCACCCGCAGCUGUCACCCGCCUCUGCCGCCAACAUGAGCGUCGCCGCCAUGGUAUCCCCCACGUCCUCGGUCGCCGUCGACCGCCGCUAUGAGCGUCCCGGCUCCCACGAGUUCCCUGGCCACUUGGGCGACAACCUCGGCCCUGCCUCCAAUAUGCGCCGCGAGAGCGUCGACAGCAGAAUCAACCAAGGCAUCAGCGACAUGCGACUUGGUGGAUCACCAUACACUAGCAAUAACCAGUCCACGAGCUCUAUUCAGAGCACCCUACAUAACCAGCGCAAUCCGCGCGCUGGCAUGGACAGCUACGCCGCCCAUAGAAUAUCCAAUGGCUACCAGCCCAGCAACGACCGAAACCCGGAGAACAAGACGGGCCGCACCGCCCCAGCUAUCACCGGUCCUGCCACCAGCAACAUUGCCCGUGCUGCCGAGCCAACCAAGGGUCAGGCGUGGGCUUUCCCCGAGGAAGAGAUUAAGCGUGUUAGCCACUAUGACGAGUCGAGGAGAAGUAGUGUUACCGACUCUGUUGCGAGUAGCCAGUUCACGACCGAGUCACGUCUACCUUCGGGCCAACGCCGUUUAGAGGACAGCAGCGAAUUCGCUCGCUUGUCGGUACACUCGUCUGAGUUCCCGUCUGUUCACCACCAUACCAUGCAGCACAAGCAGCUCAGUGACCUACAAGCCGAGGAGGGUGCUGGUGGCCCCGGAGCUCAGCCAUAUAGCCGCACGCCGGAGCUGCGUGUCAGUCACAAACUGGCCGAACGCAAGCGCCGCACUGAAAUGAAGGAGCUCUUUGACCAGUUGAGAGACUUAAUGCCCCAGGAGCGCGGGUCAAAGGCAUCCAAGUGGGAGAUUCUAACCAAAGCCAUUACCGAAUAUCAGAGACAGACGGACCAUGUUCGUGCUCUUCAAACACACUACAACAAUGCUGUCUCUGACAAUGAGCUUCUCCGACGCGAGCUUCAAAAUGUCAAGAUGGAGCUGGCGCAAGCGCGUGGUGAAGGCCACGCACCCCCACCUGCCCAAUCCCAGAGCCACGCCGCCCCCGUCCACCCGUUCCCGCCGGAGCAAUACCAAUCGACCUCGGGCGGAACCGAGCUUCCCCCGCUGCGGUCCAUCAACAACGGCAUGUCCAAUGGCCCUGAUUCGAUGACGGGUGUCCAGUACGACGCUCCAAGAGCCAACGGCUACCGCGAGCGAUACUAA